UCGCCUGUAGUUCACAACGCUGGACCAAAUUGACCGUUGUAACGCGUGGAUUUAUACCCUAAUCUAGUGUAGCCUACUCCUAUUUUUAUUUUAUUAAUUGCGUCAGUGAUUAAAUAUACAUAAUGAAGACAAGACCCAAUAUGUCAUAUGGUUCCGAUUGGUUUUUGUGGAUAUGUAUCGUCAUUAUCCAUGCACCCCUCGGUAAUGGAGAUCUCAGCUAUACCAUUCCAGAGGAGAUGGAAAGGAGCGGCGUUGUUGGAAAUCUAGCGAAGGAUCUUGGACUUGAUGCAAAAACAAUGUCGAUGCGGAAAGCUCGCUUAGAUUUGGACGGUAAUCGAAAGCUUUUUUGUGAUAUUAAUUUGCAAACAGGUGAUUUAGUAAUUGCAGAAAGGAUAGACCGUGAACAGCUGUGUAGCUCCAGAGCAUCGUGCUUUCUGAAAUAUGAACUGGUGAUGGAAAACCCGUUGGAACUGCAUCGCACUACUGUCCAAAUUCGAGACAUAAAUGACAACUCCCCUCGUUUUCCCAACGAUAAUAUAAAUCUCGAAAUAGGCGAGUCUGCUGCAAAAGGCACAAGAUUCCCUUUAGGUGAAGCGCACGAUUCGGAUGUAGGACGAAACGGAAUUCAAGGCUAUUCGCUCGAGAAGAACGACCAUUUCUCUUUAGCUGUUCAUUCAAGUUCUGGUGGAACAAAAUACAGCGAAUUAGUAUUAGACAAGGACCUCGACCGUGAACAGCAGCAAGAGGUGACAUUACUGCUCAUAGCUACUGACGGGGGGAGCCCGCAGAGAUCGGGUACUACAGUCAUACAUGUUAAUGUCCUUGAUGCAAACGACAACUUGCCUGUUUUCAGUCAAGAAAUGUACAAAGCCAGUCUAUCUGAAAACUCCCCAGUCGGAACAAUCGUAGUUAUUGUGAGUGCACAUGAUGUCGACGAAGGUGCAAACGGAGAAGUUACCUAUGAGUUCAGUCGCAUAUCUGAUGAAGCAACAAGGCUAUUUUCGAUUGACAAGAUUACUGGAGAAAUUAAAGUGACUGGUCAAAUUGACUUUGAGGAGGAAAGUAAUUAUGAAUUGGGUGUACAAGCAAAAGACGGAGCUGGCUUGGCUUCUAAUGCCAAAGUUAACAUAGACAUUACCGAUGUCAAUGACAACGCACCUGUGAUAUUGAUAAAAUCACUUCAUGAUCCCAUCCCAGAAAAUGCGGUACCUGGCACAGAAGUAGGUAUCAUUAACAUACAGGACAAAGACUCGGACGGAAACAGACAUGUUCGCUGCUAUAUUAAACAGAAUGUUCCUUUUAAAUUGAAUCCAUCUAUUAAAAACUAUUACACACUGGUUACUACAGCUGAAUUGGACCGUGAGCUUGUAGGUGAUUAUAACAUAACAAUUACAGCUACUGAUGAAGGCUCUCCGCAAUUGUCCUCCUCUAAAACAAUCAAUCUGUCUGUAUCUGAUGUAAAUGAUAACCCCCCUGUAUUUGAGGAGCAGUCCUACGGCGCAUAUGUGUCUGAGAAUAACAAGCCUGGCUCCUCUGUCUGUUCUGUUACUGCGAGAGACCCAGACUGGAGACAGAAUGGCACAGUGUUCUACUCUCUGUUGCCCAGUGAGGUCAAUGGUGUUCCGGUCUCCUCAUAUUUAUCCAUUAAUGGAGACACAGGGGUGAUCCAUGCUGUGAGGCCCUUUGACUAUGAGCAGUUCAGAAGCUUCAAAGUUCAGGUUGUAGCCAGAGACAAUGGUUCUCCUCCACUCAGCAGCAACGUGACUGUGAGUGUGUUCAUAACAGAUGAGAAUGAUAACUCUCCUCAGAUAUUAUACCCUACUCCAGAAGGAAACUCCUUCAUGACUGAGAUGGUUCCUAAAGCUGCUCUUUCUGGCUCGCUGGUCUCCAAAGUGAUCGCUGUUGAUGCUGACUCUGGACAGAACGCAUGGCUGUCAUAUCAGAUCGUCAAGUCGACUGAUCCGGGACUUUUCACUAUUGGUCUCCACAGUGGAGAGAUCAGGGCUCAGAGGGACAUUUCUGAAUCUGACAGCAUGAAGCAGAACCUUGUGAUCUCAGUGAAAGAUAACGGACAGCCCUCUCUCUCUACAACCUGUGCCGUAUAUUUACUCAUCUCUGAUAACUUGGCUGAAGUUCCUGAACUAAAAGACAUGUCUUAUGAGGAGGGCAAUUCUAAACUCACAUCUUAUCUGAUCAUUGCUCUGGUGUCUGUUUCUACCUUCUUCCUCACUUUUAUCAUUCUGAUUGUGGCCAUAAGGGUUUGCCACAGGAGAAAGCCCAGACUGUUGUUUGAUGGAGCAGUAGCCAUUCCCAGUGCAUAUUUACCUCCCAACUAUGCAGAUGUUGAUGGAACUGGAACUCUCCGUAGUACUUACAACUAUGACGCCUAUAUGACCACAGGGUCACGUACAAGUGACUUCAAGUUUGUUACAUCCUACAAUGACAACACGCUGCCUUCUGGCACCACUCUGAAGAGGAGCCCAGUUGAUAACAGUGACUGUCUUAACUUCUCUUCACUCGACUUCACUGAGAAUGGAUCAAAAUUCUCCACUCUGGUAAAUUAUUUAAAUACUUUUUGUAAAGACAUGUUUUAGGAUUACAGGUCACUU